AUUAUUAUUAUUUAUUUAUUUGAAAAAAAAAUGGAUCAUUCACAUCACGAUAUGCCUGGUAUGAGCCCUACAUCAACUGCACCCAUGGCAACAGGGACAUCAACAGCUAAAAGUGGUACUAGUGGAAUGCACAUGAUGAUGUCUAUGGGUACUUUUCAUUGGAGUUCUUCUGGUGAUGGUAUUUGGUUAGAUUCAUGGGUUCCUCGAUCUGAAGGUGCUUAUAUUGGUGCAUGUUUUGGUUUAUUCUUUUGUUCGUUACUUUCAAGAAGUAUUCCUGCUCUAGAAGCCUAUUUUGUUGCUUGGGCAAGAUUGCGUAAUGAUAGACAACUUAAAACCCAUUCAACAAUUAAACAUAUUCAUGAGAUAACUAAAACAGAUAUCGAAGAAUCGCCCAAUUUAACCGACAAUUUCUCUGCUUCUUCGCGAUCAAUUAAUCCAACUGCAUACCCUAAUUCUCUAUGUUUACCUGUAGUGCCCAGCUUUUCUUUUAAGACAGACACAAUUAGAAGUUUCAUCACUACACUCAACUCUUUUGUUGGUUACUUGCUAAUGAUGGUGGUUAUGACUGGUAAUGGAGGAUUUUUUCUUGUUAUCGUCCUUGGUGUUUUCUUUGGUGAAUUGGCAUUCGGACGUUUUAGAUCAUUAGGUGGCCUUCUUGAGGACCAUUCUCAUUAAAAAAAAAAAAAAAAAAAAAAAGAGAGCUAAUGUUUAUUAUUACUAUUUUAUUUAAUAUUUUUAAUAUUUAGGAUCCACAUACAUUUAUUAUAUGAAAAAAAAAAGACUUUUAGUUUCAUUGUACAUAUAUUAUAAUUACCCUCCUCUUAUCUUUUUUUUUUUUUUGUUUGUAUACAAUGCGUAGAUAUCCUUUACAAUAAAAAACAGAAACAGAAACAGAAACAAAAAAAAAAAAAAAAAAAAAAA